GGUUACGGAAGGAGCGCAGAGCCGGCUGGGGAGGGGGCUGGAUGCGCGCGCACCCGGGGGGAGGCCGCUGCUGCCCGGAGCAGGAGGAGGGGGAGAGCGCGGCGGGCGGCAGCGGCGCUGGCGGCGACUCCGCCAUAGAGCAGGGGGGCCAGGGCAGCGCGCUCGCUCCGUCCCCGGUGAGCGGCGUGCGCAGGGAAGGCGCUCGGGGCGGCGGCCGUGGCCGGGGGCGGUGGAAGCAGGCGGCCCGGGGCGGCGGCGUCUGUGGCCGUGGCCGUGGCCGUGGCCGGGGUCGGGGCCGUGGCCGGGGCCGGGGCCGGGGCCGCGGCCGUCCCCAGAGUGGCGGCAGCGGCCUUGGCGGCGACGGCGGCGCGGGCGGCUGCGGCGUCGGCAGCGGUGGCGGCGUCGCCCCCCGGCGGGAGCCUGUCCCUUUCCCGUCGGGGAGCGCGGGGCCGGGGCCCAGGGGACCCCGGGCCACGGAAAGCGGGAAGAGGAUGGAUUGCCCGGCCCUCCCCCCCGGAUGGAAGAAGGAGGAAGUGAUCCGAAAAUCAGGGCUCAGUGCUGGCAAGAGCGAUGUCUACUACUUCAGUCCGAGUGGUAAGAAGUUCAGAAGUAAGCCUCAGCUGGCAAGGUAUCUGGGAAAUGCCGUUGACCUCAGCAGUUUUGACUUCAGAACUGGCAAGAUGAUGCCUAGUAAAUUACAGAAGAACAAGCAGAGACUACGGAAUGAUCCUCUGAAUCAGAACAAGGGUAAACCAGACUUGAACACAACAUUGCCAAUUAGACAAACUGCAUCAAUUUUCAAGCAACCAGUCACCAAAGUCACAAACCACCCCAACAAUAAAGUGAAGUCAGACCCACAACGGAUGAAUGAACAACCACGUCAGCUUUUCUGGGAGAAGAGACUGCAAGGACUUAGUGCAUCAGAUGUAACAGAACAAAUUAUAAAAACCAUGGAGCUACCCAAAGGCCUUCAAGGAGUCGGUCCGGGUAGUAAUGACGAGACCCUUCUGUCUGCUGUGGCCAGUGCUUUGCACACAAGCUCUGCACCAAUCACAGGACAAGUCUCUGCAGCCGUGGAAAAGAACCCUGCUGUAUGGCUUAACACAUCCCAACCCCUCUGCAAAGCUUUCAUUGUCACAGAUGAAGACAUUAGGAAACAGGAAGAGCGAGUCCAACAAGUACGCAAGAAAUUGGAAGAAGCACUGAUGGCGGACAUCCUGUCCCGGGCUGCUGACACGGAGGAGGUAGACAUCGAUAUGGACAGUGGAGAUGACGCUUAAGAAUAUGAGCAGGUCAGCAAACACAGGUAACUUUCGACUGACCUUCCCCAAGAGCAAAUUGCUAGAAACGGAAUGAAAACAUUUCCACCGGGUUCCGCCUGUAAGAAAACAGUGUACCUGAGCACACAGAGCUUUUUAAUAGCACUAACCAAUGCCUUUCUAGAUGUAUUUUUGAUGUAUAUAUCUAUUAUUCCAAAUGAUGUUUAUUUUGAGUCCUAGGACUUAAAAUUAGUCUUUUAUAAUAGCACGCAGGACCCUUAAAAUGAAGUGGAGCUUCUGAUGCCAGGUGCAAUCUACUGGAAAUGUAGCACUUACAUGAGAUAUUUGUUUCCCCCACAGUUUUAAUAUAAACAGAUCAGGAGUACCAAAUAAGUUUCCCAAUUAAAGAUUAUUAUGACUUCACUGUAUAUAAGCAGAUUUUUAUACUUUAUUGAAAGAAGAUACCUGUACAUUCUUCCAUCAUCACUGUAAAGACAAAUAAAUGAUUAUAUUCACAGA